CGUGGCUCCGGCUGCGCAGGAACAGCUGGUGCCUCCGAAGGCGGCCCGCGGGCGGACGCGCUCCGGUGCUGGUGGCCGCCCGCGCCACGCUGCGGGAGCUGACGCCGCCGCCGCUGCCGCCGCCUCGCACCGCCGCACCAUGUCCGGCCAGCUGGAGCGUUGCGAGCGCGAGUGGCAUGAGCUGGAGGGAGAAUUUCAGGAAUUGCAGGAAACCCACAGGAUCUACAAGCAGAAGCUGGAGGAGCUGACCUCGCUCCAGACUUUGUGUAGCGGCUCCAUCAACAAGCAGAAGACGCGCCUGAAGGACUUGAAGCACACACUCCAGAGGUACAGGAAGCAUGCCAGCCGGGAGGAGGCAGAGCUCAUUCAGCAGAUGAGUGCCAACAUCAAGGAGCGGCAGAACGUCUUCUUCGACAUGGAGGCCUACCUGCCCAAGAAGAAUGGGCUCUACUUAAAUCUCGUCCUUGGCAAUGUAAAUGUGACCCUUCUCAGCAACCAGGCCAAAUUUGCUUACAAGGAUGAGUAUGAGAAGUUCAAGCUCUACCUGACCAUCAUCCUGCUCCUAGGGGCUGUGGCCUGUCGAUUUGUCCUUCACUACAGGGUGACGGACGAAGUUUUUAACUUCCUGCUGGUGUGGUAUUACUGCACCCUGACAAUUCGAGAAAGUAUUCUCAUCAGCAAUGGCUCAAGAAUUAAAGGCUGGUGGGUGUCUCACCACUACGUGUCCACGUUCCUCUCUGGAGUGAUGCUGACCUGGCCCAACGGACUGAUUUAUCAGAAGUUUCGUAAUCAGUUUUUAGCGUUUUCCAUUUUUCAGAGCUGUGUCCAGUUCCUGCAAUAUUAUUACCAGAGAGGCUGCCUCUACAGGCUGCGUGCCCUGGGGGAGAGGAAUCAUCUGGACCUCACAGUGGAAGGAUUCCAGUCUUGGAUGUGGCGGGGCCUCACCUUCCUCCUGCCUUUCCUGUUCUGUGGCCAUUUCUGGCAGCUCUACAAUGCCGUCACGUUGUUUGAGCUCUCCAGCCACGAGGAAUGCAGAGAAUGGCAGGUGUUCGUGUUGGCGCUCACGUUCCUCGUCCUCUUCCUGGGCAAUUUCCUGACCACACUCAAAGUCGUGCACGCGAAACUUCAGAAGAACAGAAACAAGGGGAAGAAGCUGUGAGCCAAGGGACCUGUGCGCCCCUCCAGCCCCACCCCCAC